AUGACCAAACAAACAACCAUCAACGAUGACUCCAACAACAACAACAACACAACUACUACACCACCUCAUGUUGUUUUAGUGCCACUAAUGGCACAAGGACAAACAAUCCCCAUGCUUGACAUGGCACGACUACUGGCGAAUCGCGGCGUGCACGUCACCUUCAUCACAACCCCAGUGAACGCAUCGCGCAUCAAACCCAUCAUAGCCCGCGUGCACGAAUCUAACCUCCCUAUGAACUUUAUUGAGCUCCCUUUCCCCUGCGCCGAAGCCGGCCUCCCCCUCGGCUGUGAAAACUUCGACCUCGUCCCUUCCCGAGAACUCUUCCCGAACUUCUUCGAUGCCAUCCGACUCCUUGCCCAUCCCCUCGAGCAACGCCUCAGAGAUCUCGUCCCCCGCCCCACCUGCAUGAUCAACGACAUGUGGAACCCGUGGACAGCAAACGUCGCACGUUCACUCAACAUUCGACGGCUUGUCUACCACGGCCCUUCUUGUGUUUUUAUCUAUUGCAGUUAUGUUUUUCGGCUGCAUAAGAUUUUUGACACUGUUACUGAUGAGUUUGAGGAAAUUACCGUGCCUGGUUUGACUGAUGAUGGUGAUGAUGUUGGUCAGAGUUUUAAGGUUUCUAAAGCGCAUUUGUCCGCGUGGUUAAACUCGCCAGGUUUGAAGUUACGUGACGAGGUUUUGCUUGCAGAGGAGACUGCUGAUGGGGUGGUCAUCAACACUUUCGAUGAUGUUGAGCCUAUGUUUGUGGAGGCUUAUAAGAAGGUGGCUGGAAAGGAUGUUUGGACUGUUGGGCCAUUGUGUUUAUAUGAUAAGGAUGAUGAUUUGAGUGCUAGGAUUGUGAGAGGGAACAAGGCUGUAGUGGAUCCGGAGAAGUUGUUCCGUUGGCUUGAUUCUAUGGAAGAAAAUUCUGUACUUUAUGUCAGUUUUGGGACUUUGACGCGGAUAAAAGUGGGAGAGAUAUUGGAGAUUGGCUCAGGACUUGAGGCUUCUGGGAUUCCUUUUCUUUGGGUUAUUAAGGAUGUGGAGAAGUCUCCGGUUGUUGAGGGGUGGUUGGAAGGGUUUGAGAAGAGGAUGAGUUUGAGAAGUUUUGUGAUCAAAGGAUGGGCACCACAAGCUGCGAUACUCUCACAUAAGUCCGUUGGUGGUUUUUUUAGUCAUUGUGGGUGGAACUCAACGUCGGAGGCAGUAUCAAAUGGUGUGCCAAUGAUCACUUGGCCGCAGUUUGCAGACCAGUUCUUGAAUGAGAGGUUGGUUGUGGAGUUCUUGAGGAUUGCUAUUGCUAUUGGAGUGAAGAAGCCAAUAUUUUAUUAUGGUGAGAAUGAGAUUCCAGUUAAGAGGGAUGAUGUGGAGAGGGCUGUGAGGAGUUUGAUGGGUGAUGGAGAGGAGGCUGAGGAGAGGAGGAUAAGGGCUAGAGAGAUUAAGGAGAAGGCCAUUAAGGCUAUGGACGCAGGUGGUUCUUCUUAUGAGAAUAUAACUAUGCUCGUUGAGUACAUCAAGCUUGAAUCUUGCAAGGGUACACAAGGAGCUACAUCUUAA